UAAUAGGUUUGAAGACAAUUGAAUUUGUCGAACAAGGCAAGGAUUUCUCUCCUUUGGAUACAAUCAAUUAUAUAUAAUGGGUAGAGCUCCUUGCUGUUCAAAAGAUGCAGACCUCAAUCGUGGGGCCUGGACUGCUGAGGAAGAUAUGAUCUUGAGUGAAUACAUAGCAAUUCAUGGCGAUGGUGGAUGGAGAUCUCUCCCACAAAAAGCAGGUCUGAAGAGAUGUGGGAAAAGUUGUAGAUUGCGUUGGUUGAACUAUCUGCGUCCAAACAUUAAGCGGGGAAACAUUUCGCCAGACGAAGAGGAGCUCAUCAUCAGAAUGCAUAAACUCCUUGGCAAUAGAUGGUCUCUCAUUGCUGGACGACUGCCUGGUCGAACAGACAACGAAAUCAAGAAUCACUGGAAUACCCGUUUGUUCAGGAAGAUCGAACACAGAGAAUCCAGAGCUCCCAAAGAGCAAAAGUUGAGUAGAAAAGCCAAGUCUCCAUCUCAUGGUAAAGAAAAUGAUCAUGUUUUCAAAAUUGUUCCUGUGAGAACAACUGUAUCAAGAAUAGAUAAACUCUGCAAAAAAGCUCUGGACAAUAGUACUUCAGAUCAUAACAUCAAAUUGCAGAGUAGUUGUACAAAAAAUUCAAAGGACUCCAAGUCAUGGUGCGAGUUAUGGGCAGAUGAGUUAAUGACAGACACUGACUUGGAGUUGGUGGACAUUAAUUUGGAUGAGAAUAUUGCUCAGACAAUUUCAGAUACCCAAUUUCCACAUUCUCAGCACCGUGCAGAAAAUGAAUUUAAUACACUCAAUACCUCAUCAAAUUUCAACGAGAUUCCUUCUCCUCCAUGUACUCCAUUCUCCUCUCUGAGUGCCUUCUCAAAAUAUUUCAGAAUAGAAGAGUUAGAAUCAAGGCCAAGUAAUGAUUUAGAGCAAAUAGAUUGUCUACAGAGUGGUCCUGAAAAGUUAGAAACAUUUAAAAGCUGCAGAGAGCAAGUAAUGGAGGACAUAUUGAAUGAUAUUGAUCAGGAUGAUUGGGUAAAGGAGUUACUUGACUGUCAGUUAUGAUGUUGAUUGGGUAGUGGAGUUACUAGACUGUCAGAUAUGAAGCCCAAAGUUGGGCAGCCAUGAAUUAGAGUUAUGAUCAGAUUCAAUCUGUUCUGAUAAACUUUUUCAAGGUGUAUACAUGUCUGUCCAUGUCAAUUCAAUAGAAAAUGUAUAUGAUUCCAUGCAUUUCUGCUCUAAUAUUGAGAAGGCCUUUCUUCGUUUGAAA